AUGGAAGAGGGUCAGGGUCCCACAGUGAGCGAGCGGCAGGGCCUCCUGGCUCCCCGCCCACACCCCCCCUUGUCACUUGGGAAGGAAGGAAGGAGGAGGGGUCCCCGAGGAGCAAUGACCUCAGAGGCUGUUUGCACAAUGGCCCCUCUGAGGGCAGGACAUGAGAUGGACAGCUGGCUUCCUUCUCGACAGUCUCAGUGCCACCCUGCCCCCAGGCGCAGCCCACCCCGGGCCCCUCCCUGCGGCAGGGGGUGGGGCGGGCACAGAGGAGCCACGGCAGGCAUCGUCCCCAGGCCUUCACUGGGCGGAGGAGCAGGGGCUCCGAGGGCCCUCAGUUUCCCUGUUUGGAGGGUGGGCACCCUUCCCGGGGGUGCAGGGCAGAGUCCUCCGGCCCAGAAGACAAGAGGGCAUGGAGGCCUGCAGGGGAGCUUACAGGAGGAGGGGGCGGUGGGCAGGCCAAGACCUGAGCCAGAGGCUCUUCUCAGCCCCCCUCCCUCCAUCUUGGGUUUCUGGGCAGAGGUGUCUUGGCUAAUCUGGGUGCCUAUUUCUGGACGUCUCAGCUGCCACUGA